AUGAAUCCCAUCCUUCUCUUCUUCCUUCUCUCCCUUUCCAUCCAAAUCAUCCCUCGUCCAUCAACUCUUCACGUAGCCGCAGCUGACAUCGUCAUCCACACUUGCAAGCAGGCCGCGGCAGGGAAUCGCGAGCUCGACUUCAACACCUGCUUGUCUGUCUUCAACUCCACGUCCGAAAGCCGCAGAGCAGACCUCAAAGGUCUGGCAAUAAUAUCAAUCCGCUUCACCAAACACUAUGCCCAACAGUUGCUUGCGGAUAUCGACAAUUUGAUCAAGCAAGAGCCUAAAAAUACAUUUAAGAGGAAGUGUCUGAGCACUUGUGAAGAGAUUUAUUCCGAUGCAGUGAGCAAUCUUGAAGAAGCUGUCGAAGCUGUCGAGUCGGGAAGAAUUAAUGAUGCUCGGAUUGAACUCAGCGCGUCUUUUGAUGCAGCUGAUACGUGUGAGGAAUGUUUUCCUGACGGCCAAAUUCAGUCUCCGCUCACCAAGGAAGAUGAUUAUUAUACGGGAGUCGCUAGGGUUUCUCUUGCUGUUGCUGCUCUCCUUGACCAAUAA